GUGACACACACAAAGUCGGAGAGGAGAGGAGAGAAGUAAGAGGAAAAAAGUACUGGAGAAGAAGACGAGGUAUAUUCCACCGAUAUGGCCUUGCGCGAUGAACUUUUAAAGUCCAUUUGGCACGCCUUCACAGCGCUGGAUGUGGACAAAAGCGGGAAAGUCUCUAAAUCUCAGCUGAAGGUGCUGUCCCACAACUUGUGUACAGUGAUGAACAUUCCCCAUGACCCGGUGGCUCUGGAGGAGCACUUCAAAGAUGAUGACGAGGGUCCUGUCUCCAACCAGGGAUACAUGCCAUACCUGAACAAGUUCAUUCUGGAUAAGGUGAAGGAUAACUUUAACCGUCAGGACUUCAACAAAAUGUGCUGGACGUUGUCGUAUAGGAAGAACCUGGAGCAGAAUGAGCUGAAGAUCUGUAACGAUGACGCCUUCAAGAUCUGGUGCAUCUUCAACUUCCUGUCUGAAGACAGAUACCCACUGAUCAUCGUCACUGAGGAGAUUGAGUACUUCUUGCGUAAGUUGACAGAGGCGAUGGGGGGAAGCUGGGUGGAGGAGCGCUUCGAGGACUAUAAGCUGCAGCUGAACUCAAAGCAGCAGUGUCUGAAUGCAUGGGAGCUCAUCAGACUAGUUGGGUCGGGUCACUUCAGUAAGGGCAUGGACCAUCAGACGCUCUCCAUGGGAAUCGGUGAAGUCUACCAGGAACUCAUUCUUGACGUGCUCAAACAGGGCUAUAUGAUGAAGAAAGGGCACAAGAGAAAGAACUGGACGGAGCGCUGGUUUGUGCUGAAGCCAAACACAAUCUCAUACUAUGUUGGUGAAGACUUGGCUGAAAAGAAAGGAGACAUCUUGUUGGAUGGAAACUGCAGUGUGGAGCAUUUACAAGAUAAAGAGGGAAAGAAGUGCCUCUUCCUCAUCAAGUCAUCACAAAAAAGCUUUGAAAUCAGUGCAUCAGACAAGAAGAAGAAGCAGGAGUGGAUCCAAGCUGUUCAGAACUGCGUGACUCUGCUGCGUCAGGGCAGACCAGCGCCGCACCGCGAGGCUCGACAGAAGCGCAGAGAGCUGCGGCUGAAACAGCAGGCUGAACAGGAAGAACUGGAGCUGAGGAUGAGGGAGCUACAGACAGCCAAUGAGGCCAAGCAGCAUGAACUGGAAAAUAUGAGGAAGGCUCUGGAGGAGGCAGCAGCUAACGCAGCAGAAGAAGAAAAAAGACGCCUUCAGACUCAAACUGAGCUCCAGGACCGCUACAGGAGGGACCUGGAGAGAGAGAAACUGGUGCGGCAGCAGAUUGAGAAAAACCUGGCUGAGAAGUCCACUGAGCUGGAGCAGUACCUGCAGAGGGUCAAUGAGCUGGAAGACAUGUAUCGCCAACUGGAGCACGCUUUGGAAGACGAGAGGCGUGCCAGACAGGAUGAGGAAACCAUCCGUAAGCUGCAGACACGAUUACUGGAGGAGGAGGCCAAGAAGAGAGCAGAGUUGGAGCAGAUCCAUUUGCAGCAGAAGCAGGCCAUCUCCGUCACGGUGGCUGAGAAAGAGGAACUGGAGAAGGAGCGUCUGGCCAAGGAGAGCGCCCUGCAAGCUGCAAUGAAGCAACUGGAGCAGCUGGAGCUGGAGAGGCAGGGGGCGCUGGAGCAGUAUGAGACUGUAAAGAAGAAGCUGGAAACUGCGACCAACAACACCAAGACCUGGAAGCACAAAGUGGCUGAACAUGAGGGGUUGUUACGGCUCAUUCAACCAGGUGCCAAGGGGCAGCAGAACAUCACAAACUGGGGCCCUGCAGCCUUUUCUGAAGCAGAGCUCAGUCUGAGGGAGAAACAAUGGCAGGAGAUGAAGAACCAGGCAACUUAAGCUCAGUAAAGCUGCUGUAAACCAUUAUCAUAACCUUAAACAUGUUUAACUAACAAGGGAAAGAUGAGACAGGCCUGCUGGGAUGUACUGGAACGUCUCUGAUGAAGCAUAUCUUUGCCGGGAUAAAAAGGCAUUUUAUAAUAAGGUGGCAUUAACUAAUCAAUAAAUCUCCCGUUACCCUGUAGGAAGCACAGAUAGAACUGAUAAACUUGACUGCGUUAUUGUUGGCCACCACUGAUUAUCUCUAAAACCACCAAGAAAAAGUCACCUCAUAAUUUAGGGAAUGGGAUUUAAAAUGAUAAUUAUUGCAAAAUAAUCUUUCCUCAGUAGAAAUAUGAGACAUAAUCAGCACAAAAUCAAUAGAAUGCAUUCGGUUUAUAUUUUUGACACACAACGUGACAGGCCAGUGACAAUGGGAGUAGUGCCAAACCAAACCAGUGACUAUGACAACAAACACGGUCCACGGCUCAAAAGACGAAGACGUUGUUGAACAGAGGGAUCCAAAGAAUUCAGUAUUGUGGAGUUUUGUAGCUGUUCAACAUAGGAGUGGAAUAUCAUGCACUGCAGAUACUGCACAUACGUGCCUUUGUUGAAACAUCCUUUCACACAAAGGCGCGUAACUCCACAAAAUUGUUUUUGCCGUCCUUGCAAAGUACAAAACUGACAGUUUCUCUGCAAGAUUUUACAGUCCCAGAUACUUGUGUACAUUUUAUUGUAAAAGAAAUGAUGCCAGUAAGGACAGUGGCUGCUUAAAGUAACUGGCCCUCCUUAACAACUCCCUUGCCGUAAGCAUUUCUCUCAGACAGGUGCAGGCACGUGUCGGACAUGCGAUCCACAUGAGUGCAAUUUUACCAAAAUGUCAGCAAAACCCACAUCAAACCACAGACGUCCAUAGAUUAUGUGUAAUGAUGAGAACUGACACAGGAAAAAAGUAUCAAACACAUGAAGAAAGCGAGGCGCAAAAGGGAAUGGAAAGUCAUGACACCAGCUGAAAUCUAUCAGUAAUUAGAAAAUAAUCCUGACGCUUAGUGCAAAUUAAUAUCAGCUGGUUCAGUCCCAACUGACAGCUUAUAAAAAGGUGUCUCAUUACCAGUGUGUCACAGAAGAGACAUCUUAUGAUGGGGAAAACUAAUGAGCUCUCUCAAGACCUUCACAACCUUAUUGUUGGAAAACAUACUGAUGGCAUCAGUUACAGAAUUUUUAAAAUACUGAAGAUUGCAGUGAGCACUGUUGGAGCCAUAAUCCAGAGGUGAAAAGAACAUUUUUCACCAUAAAAAUGACCACUACCAGGUGCUCCCCGCAAGAUUUCAGACAGAGGAGUGGAAAGAAUUAUCAGAAGAGUUGCCCCAGAGCCAAGGAGUACUUGUGGAGAGCUACAGAAAGACCUGGAAUCAGCAGAAGGCACUGCAUAUCACCCCCAGAACACCAUACCAACAGUGAAGGUUGGAGGUGGGAUGAUCAUAUGUGUGGCUGUUUUUCAGCAUACACCACUGGCACACUUCAUAUUAUUGAAGGAAGGAUAAAUGGAAAAAUGUACUGAGACAUUCCUGAUAUAAAUCUGCUGCCAUCUACCAGGAUGAUGAAGAUGAAACGCUUCAGCAAGACGAUAUUCCCAAACACACAGCCAAGGAAACUCUCAAUUGGUUUCAGCAAAAGAAAAUAAAGCUGUAAGAAUGGCUCAGCCAAUCAUCUGACCUGAAUCCAACUGAAAAUGUAUCGGAAGAACUAAAUUUAAUAGUUUAUAGAAAUGGUUUGUGGAAUCAGGAUUUGAAGAUGUUUGUGUGGAAGACUGGGCCAAAAUCACACCUGAGCAAUUUUGAAGCUGUUAUCACCAACAAAGGUUUUUGUACCAAGUAUUAAAUGACUCUAUAUCAAAUUUAUAAAUUAAAUUAUAUAAAUUAAUUUUUAAAAAUUCAAUAAGCGUGUUCAAUACUUUUCUGCUGUGUCAUAUUUCAUACUGGCACAUCAUUUUUGGACAUCUAUGGUUUGAGUUCCUUGCAUGUGUGGAUUGGAUGGGUUGUUACAGACAUCUGGAGAGUUCGUGUCAAUAGCGCCUUUAGAGAUAAUUGGUGAUGCCUUCAAUACUUGUUUUACCUGCUGUAUACAGAAUGUUUAUUGGGUUUUUGCCUAUUUCUCUUGCUUGGGGGUUAUUUGCAAACCAUUUAAAACUGUUACUCGUCAGAAAACGGUGUAGUUCCUUGUGAUUUUUUUUUUUUUUUUUUUUUUUAAAUUAAUAUCUACAUCAUUUGUUUCGAACUGACCAUAAUCAUAAUUUAGUUUUCCAUUUUGUGUUUGUGUGUAACACUGAAGCUUUUGUCCGGUCAGAAUUAAGAAGUUAGAAUUAGAAUAAUGAGGGAGAGAUAAAAUAUACACAAAUAUUUAUCAUGUUCAGCUUUUCUAUUAAAAUACAAAAUCACGUAACAAGGCAAAAAGUAUUUUUAGAUCAGCCUUUGGCCUAUCCCAGCUGUCAGUGUGAGCGGUAGGGAAGAACGUGCAAACUGCAGCCAGUGGAUUUGAAGCCAGGUCCUUUGUGCUGUCAGGUGACAGCAGCAUGUAAAUGUUACCUGUUUUACUGAAUGGAAGUGACGGCACCUGGAACAUUUACUCCUUUGAGUUUUUAACUGUGUUGAUGUUAGUCACAUGCAAGUGUAAGACCAAGUAUUUUUUCUUCUACUGAAUUGUAAAGAUAAAGUUGAAAGAGAAUUUAUAAGCAGGCAUGAACCAUAGAACAACAAAAAAAAAUAAUAACCUGAAAUAGUGCAUUUGCUCUCAGUUUUCCAAUAUUUAUCCGGCAUUUGUAUGAUUGUGGAAGAUGACUUUGAACUAUCUGAUCUCCUAUAGGACCAAUGGGAACAUUACCAGUUACCUUUAUACAAACUUAAUAAAAAGCAGAUUUCUUAGAAGUUAACAGUGGUCAGUGCCUGCUGUCUGUAAAAGCAGACCAUAGUCAAAAUAGACCCGAGCUAACAAUAUACAUGAUUUGAAAUUGGUUUUAAGACAUGCAGCUUUAUUAAAAAAAACAAAAAAACAAAAAAAAAACAGUUUUAUUUCAACAUGUUUCAUGGAUGGAGAACUGUAAAGUAAUAUGGUCAUUUCAGGCAGCUAAUUUCUGUGUUUGCUUUUGGUUUGACUCUAGGAAAAACAAACUCUUCAUGUAAAACGUGUUUUUGGUCAAAUAUACCCAUAUGGAAAAGAUAUAUAUAAAUCUUAUAAAGUUUGUAUCUGUCUUGUGUGGAACUUGUAUGAAAAGCAUACAAGAGUGAAAACAGAUAUAAGAUCCCUUGAAAAAUUAUAUAAUGAAACUUGUAUGUUUUGGAUACUUACUAAAACAAUAUAUGAAAGUAAUGAGAAAGUGGCCACUUUCAUGAGUAAAUCAUGUAAGUUUUUACUAUUUCUUUUCCAUAUGGGUAGUCCCCCGGUAUAAUUUUUUUUCUUUUUCUUUCCUGAAUCUCUGCAAAGGAGGUGGAGAGUAUAAAUUUAGCAUGACCCACAAAAACACAAUAACCUCAUUAACAGGAAAUACACAAAGAUGAAACACAAUGAAACUAGCCUUUAAGCCACGAGUAUAAACAAUGUGCACACCAGUGCUUUGUACCGUUUUUCUUCUUCCAGUUUGUCUCUACUGUAUCCAUGAUAUGCACUACUUUUGAUCAGAGUCUGACCCGUCUAACAAGAAUUAGCCAAAAUGUAUUUCAGGUUUUUUGUUUUAAUCCUUUUAAAGAAGCAGAAACUACUAAAACUGCUAAAAACUACUCUACAAACUAGUCUCCUUAAGAUCAUUUUUACAUUAAAAUUUAAGUGUUUGUACAUAUUUAGUGGGCUUUAUGUUUUAACAAUGUUAUCUUCAAAAGAAUGUAAACUAUCAUGUACAAUUCACUAAAUGUUUUAUCGUCAAAGAGCUAUUUUCAAUACUUUGUUUCAUCAAGAUUGAUUUCUAAGUGACUCUGGAACAUUUCUUGUUCCUGAAUAUUGUCAGUAGGAUUAUUUUGCUGAAGUCUAACUUCCAGCACAGAUGCUAACCAGUGACUUUGAUACUGUAAAAAUUGAAAAUUGUGAUUUUUUUUUUUUAAAAAAUAUAAAUAUAUGUAAAAAGCUCAAGACUGAACCAUAUAAUAAAUCACAUCUUGAAAAACUGACUUUUUUUUUUCUAACACCGUAAGAGUUACAAUGAUCCAUUUAACAAGCUUCUUCCACUUAUCGAAUUCAGGAAUGGGGCUCUUGCUCUGAGCAAGGCAGACGAUGUGUAUCUACUAAUCUACAGGUAACAUUAGAUGGAAAGAUAUUUGACCUAAAGGCAUUUAAAUAAGGUAAUGUGCUAUUUAUCCUAAGUUGAGAAGUGGGAGCAUAUAAACAUGAAAGACUAACAAAAU